GUGGCCGCGCCUCCGCCGCCAUCUCGCCGGCCGGCCGUCUGUCUUCUUGCGUACAUAAAUGGCGGCAGCCAGCAGCAGCCACCCCUCGUUUCUUGGCUUCUUGCAGCUAGGUUGUUAGCUCCUCCAUCCAUGGCGUCGGCGCUCCUCCACUUCGUGCUGGUGCCGCUCCCGGCGCAGGGCCACGUCAUCCCGAUGGUGGACAUGGCGCGGCUCAUCGCCGGCCGCGGCGCGCGCGUCACCGUCGUGCUUACGCCGGUCAUGGCCGCGCGCCACAGGGCCGCCGUCGAGCACGCCGCCCGGUCCGGGCUGCACGUGGACUUCGCCGAGCUGGAGUUCCCCGGGCCGGCGUUCGGGCUGCCCGCCGGGUGCGAGAGCUACGACAUGGUGAGGGACAUUCAUCUGUUCAAGGCGUUCACCGACGCCGUGUGGAUGCUCGCCGGCCCGCUCGACGCGUUCCUCCGGUCGCUGCCGCGGCGCCCGGACUGCCUUGUGGCUGACUCGUGCAGCCCCUGGACGGCCGGCGUCGCGCGGCGGCUCGGCGUGCCGCGGCUCGUGUUCCACGGCCCGUCCGUGUUCUACAUCCUGGCGGUGCGGUGCCUGACCAAGCACGGCGUGUACGACCGCGUCGCCGGCGACCUGGAGCCGUUCGAGGUGCCGGACCUGCCCACGCCGCGCGCCGUGACGACGAACAGGGCGUCGUCGCUGGGUCUCUUCCACUGGCCGGGGUUGGAGAGCCACCGGCGUGACACGCUGGACGCCGAGGCCACCGCCGAUGGCAUCGUCUUCAACACGUGCGCCGCCUUCGAGGGCGCGUUCGUCGGGCGCUACGCGGAGGAGCUCGGCGGCCGGAAGGUGUGGGCGGUCGGGCCGCUCUGCCUGCUGGACUCCGACGCCGAGACGACGGCGGCGCGUGGUAACCGCGCCGCCGUCGACGCCGCGCGCGUCGUCUCGUGGCUCGACGCCAGGCCGGCCGCCUCCGUGCUCUACGUCAGCUUCGGCAGCAUCGCCCGCCUGCACCCAGCACAAGCCGCCGAGCUCGCCGCCGGGCUGGAGGCAUCGCACCGGCCGUUCAUCUGGGUGACCAAGGACGCCGCCGCCGACGCCGACGGCAGCCUCGACGCCGCGUUCGAGGCGCGCGUGGCGGACCGCGGCCUCGUCAUCCGCGGGUGGGCGCCGCAGGUGACCAUCCUGUCCCACCCGGCGGUCGGCGGCUUCCUCUCCCACUGCGGCUGGAACUCGACGCUGGAGUCCCUCUCCCACGGCGUGCCGCUCCUGACAUGGCCGCAGUUCACCGACCAGUUCCUCAACGAGUCCCUCGUCGUGGACGUGCUCGGCGCCGGCGCCCGCGCCGGCGCGAAGGUGCCCGCCACGCACGUGGACCCCAGCUCCCCGGUGCAGGUGCGGAGCGGCGAGGUGGCGAGCGCGGUGGUCGAGCUGAUGGGCGACGGGGCGACGGCGUCGGCGAGGCGCGCGAGGGCGAGGGAGCUCGCGGCGGAGGCGAGGGCGGCGAUGGCGGAGGGCGGGUCGUCGGCGCGCGACCUCGCCGACAUGGUCGGGUACGUCGCGCGUAGGAAGGAGAGCGAGCGGGACAUGCUCGUCGUCGAUCCGCCGCCGCCGCAGCAGCAGCAGCAUGACAUCUCCGUCGCUCCAUGUAGCUAGCUAUCUAGCAGCAUACAAAUGGGAGGAUCCGUGCCCAACAGUAUAUGACAUUUUACACCACACAAAAGGGCGUGAUGACGCGUAUAGGCGGCACGAGUGGAUUCUAUACUCUACCGAGUAUGCCCACCCGAUAGUUAUUAAUUUUUUUUAAAAAAAACUUCUGAGUACAUCCACGUAUAUUGUAUUACAUCUAAAUAAUUAUUAAAACAAUUCUAAAAAAAUUAAUAAGAUAAUUUAACAUACGGUGCAUCAUCACACAAACAUACUACAAAUUGUCAAAAAAAAUAAUAAAUAUGAUAAUGAAUAUAUUAUUAACAAGCUAAUAAACGGACUAAACUUCCUCAAUUAGAACAUUCCAUUUUAACAAUGAUAGUACUAAGAUAAACUCCAUGCUAAGCGAAACAAAGUAGUUGUAAAUUAGCGUGACUAGAAGAAAAGAAAAGUGUUAUAAAAACAUAAAAAGUUAAAUAAUUUAAACCUCAACAAGCGUUGACAUGAACAUGCAUUUCCUAAUGAGGAAAUAAGUAGUGGCAAGAAUUAUAAAUUUUAUACGCAUCAACCAUAAUACCAGCCCAAGAAAGUGUGAAGUUACAGAAUGCACUCAAUAACAUAAAAACAAUGUAGCACAGCAUAUAGACCUAGCGCGUCGUUGCUGCUCUUAUCAAGAAGACAACGACCUAAUUCUUAUGUCAUAAUUAUUGAUUAAGGCUAACAAACUGAGCAUCACUCUAUGCAAGUAAGAUUA